UCCUCGUCGCCGCCUUCUCCUAACUUCCCCCUUCUUCCGCCCUCUUUCCCCUUGGUUUAAUCUUCCAUCCCUCUCCCGAUUAUUGCAGCGAUCGGCACAUCGAUCUUUCGUCGCGGGCAGGGACGAGCGUGGGAAGGGCGUUCUCCCUUUUGAUCGACAUUAUUGGAGCCGAGAAGUUGGAGGCGGAGGAGCGGUGGCUUGACACCGAGGAGGUCAAGAGGUAGAGAUAAGAGAUGGGGCGGCUGUUUCUGAUUAGUCUGGAGGGCAAGAUCUACAGCUGUAAGCACUGCCAGGCUCAUCUCGCCGUCUCCGAUGACAUCGUCUCCAAGGCCUUCCAUUGCAAGCACGGGAGGGCUUAUCUCUUCAAUAAGGCGGUGAACGUGACGGUUGGAAUUAAAGAGGAGCGGUUGAUGAUUACAGGGAUGCACACUGUUUCUGAUAUUUUCUGUGUUGGUUGUGGGUCUAUAGUUGGAUGGAAAUACGAUGCUGCUCAUGAAAAGGCCCAGAAGUACAAAGAAGGGAAAAUUGUUCUGGAGAGGUUUAAAUUGACAGGGCCUGAUGGAAGUCGAUACUGGGUAACUCAUGAUGCACAUAUGGGUGGCAGUGAUGCUGAUGAUGCAUGAUUAUUUCUGAACCCCAAGCAAAGCACUAAAUCAUCUGAUUGUAAAUUCUUCCCUGCUUCAGACAUUCAUGUGAAUUCUAGCAAUUGCUUGCUGUCUGCAUCUUCCCGGCAGCUGAACUAAAUACCAAGCAAUAUAGUUCUCAUGCUUCUUUGCCUGCAA